AUGCCGACUGUCGGACUCUGCUUUCUCUCUGGCGCCGUUGCGGCCAGCCUGAGAACAACUGCCGGUGUUCGACACGCGCCACCAAGCGUGCACACGCUGAGUCGCCAGCAGGUCUGCAGCGGGGCCCUCGCGGCGCUGGCGUUGCUGCCGUCGCAUGGCUUGGCUGCGGAAGAGCCUGGAAAUGCGGCGUUGGUGACGGACCGUGUGGCGCUCGUCUUCACGGAGCAGCUCUCCGCCGAGGAGCGGCGCGAGUACGCGAUGACUCUCGGCCUGUACGGCGGCAAGGCCCCACGCGCAGUGGAGCGCUUCAAGGCGCUCGCCACAGGCACGUUGAGCGCGCCGUGCGAGGACCAGAUGGAGGCGUCCGAGGCGGAGGCGCUGGCGCGCAGCGCGCUGACGAAGCGCUCCGUCUACCGGCAGUGCCUCGCCGCCGAGGCGGAGCCAGUCUCGUACGGUGGCGGCUCGCUCGUCUGGCGCAUCACCGGCCGCCGUAUCGACGCAGGGCAGGCGCGCGGGUAUGUCGUCAUCGGCAGGGUCCUCCAGGGGGGAGACGCGCUGGCGGCGAUCGCGGCGCUGCCGGUGGUGGCGGUGCCGGGGCAGGGCGAGGGGAUGGCGGCGUCGCGGGAGAGGGCGUGCGCCUAUGGCGGCGCCGACGCGUUCUGCGCGCAGGGCAAGCCGCUGCGCAAGCUGCAGCUCGCCCGCGCAAAGCUCCUGUGACAGCAGACACCAGAGUCUCUGCAGAGUGUCCGGCCCACGCUCGUCCGUGCCGGUCCUGCUAGAGCCGUAAAGCCGUGAGCUGGGUGUUGACUGUGUCACACACAAAAGAGGGGGUUGCUGAUGACCCCGUACAAUAGUCAAUAUUAUGUCUCAUCACUCAUGUGCAUGCACAUCGUGCUUUAGACUCGUGUAUGCAGCUAAUGCUUGCGCCGUUGCCCAUGUGAGCGUGAACCUACCCUGUAUGCUGUAAUUAUACAUUAACGGCGGAC